CGCAAACACAGAACUACCCAUUUAAAUGCUCUCGCUGGAGUCACACGGAGUUUGGAUUGGAAGACGACUGAAGCAUUUCUUUGUUUAUAUGUGCGUUUGUACAUAUUCAUAGAUAUAAAACGUGACAUAAAGCUGGUCUAAUAUAACGUGGUAGAUAAAAGGAACACAUAGUGGACUGUACGUGGAGCACGUUUAUCUUUAAGUUGCAAACAGUGAAAAAUGGGUGCCAGUGAAAGCAAGAUGUCUGUGGCAUCAACACCAAAGGUAGACCCGAGCCAGCGGCCGAAAGCAGCGCGUGUAGCGAGACUCGUAGACCCGCGUUCACCGUCCUGUGCUAUCGACCGCACACCUAUACAGGUGGGCGUGGCUUACUCUCCUCUUCCUGUGGUGGAGUCAGUUGGUCCUGUGUUUGUUGACCCCCGCUCACCCACACCUGGCAUUACUCGAACACCAAUAAAGAUGAGCGUCACAUCUCUUGCUCGGCGCCUGAGCACCUUCUUUCUCAAUGACGUCAAGUCCGGCAGCGACUCUGUUCCUUCUGUUCCUCCGGUGUCCUUCAGCAAACACCCCAGCCUACCCGGUGUGAAUCAGCAAAAUGAAGCAGGCCCCAGAGAUCCUCUGCUCCCUCUGGUAAAAGCCCAGAACUCAUCCACCCUCAAUGGAGACACAGAUGCUCUGUCCACCCCUGUGCUGAUCUCCCCUUCAGAGGGCUACGGCUCCAUAUGCAGCAGCCCGUUUGUGUUGAUCGGAGACGCGCAGAUGGAGGUGGAGGUGGAUGCUGAGGCCUCGCUGGAAGAGGCGGAGGAGGCUCUGCUGGUUGGUGGUUCACCGUUAAGGAAAGAGCUCAGUCUGAGUCUUCUCGCUUGUCGUGAAGGUGUUUACUCAUCUUCUCUGGAGGAACGUCCUCUGACUCCUCUUCCUCCUGCUGAGAGGCAAGCGAAUGAAGAUCACUCCUACGCGCUCUUCUCAGUCCCAACGCAAUCCACAGAGCCUGAAACUUCCACGCCUGUUGUUGAAGAUGUCGUGACCCUGGAGGCAGAAGAGGUCCCGUCCCAGACAUCUGAAGAACAGGUGACUGCUGCACUUCCAGAGGUGAGCAAUGAGCAGCCAGAGGAGAUCAAACCUCCCACACCUCAACCUGCGGAGGUCUCCAGCAAACCCGGCCCGGUGACCAGCACCCAGGUUGAAACGGCCCAGCCUGGCAUCCGUUGUCUGAAGUUUGACCCCCGCAGCCCAAGUCAGGCUAUUUUUAAGCCCCAGUGGUUGGGCGUAGGCUUCGGGACCACUGGAGUUAGAGCGAGAGGGGUACAGGCGCGUGGAAAAUCUGUAGCCUCACCACUCUCCACCAAAAAGACGGCCACAAAUGAGAAUAACAACAUGGUUGUGCGUACCAAACAGAGACCGAGAGAAAAAGUUCUGAUUGCUGAGGGCAGAUCACCCCUGCAGGUCCUGAGGGAGGCAAAUUCACCCAGAGGCCGCAACUCCCAGAUGAAGUUGAAAGUGUCCACCCCAGAAAAACAGAGGUUCAGUCAGAUGGAAAGGAGAGCUCUGAUUCUGUCAGUCAACAAGGAAAACGAGUGAGACUACCUGAGCAGACCAGGAUAAAUACAGUCAACACUAUGUAUAUACUACAAGCCUUAAACUACAUGAUCAUUCUUUUUUCCUAUUCUUUACUUCUUUACUCUUUCUUUGUGUGUUUGUAAAUAAACACUGUUUUAAUGUAAAUAAAAUAUCAUUUGAUUUUA